AAGUACCAAUUUAUUUUAGUUGCCGAUACAAGGUUGUAUCUGCAUAUAGCAAAACACACAGUUUCAAACUAGCUAGGUGGCAUAAUAAGUUUUUGAGAAAAAAGCUCAUUUAAAAAUCAUUUCCGGAUUCUUUUUAUCGAGGUCAUCAAUGGAAUUUUAAGAAUGAAUCACAAACAAUCCUCCUGUGUUCGUCAUAUCCCCUGUCUGUGAAUCUGUAUAAGAGAGAAAGUGAUUUUUGAAAUAUUAGUCCAUAUCCAAGAUGUCGAGCAGAAAAACCAAAGCUAAAACGACCAAAAAGCGUGCUCAGAGGGCCACUUCCAAUGUUUUCGCUAUGUUUGAUCAAGCUCAGAUCCAAGAGUUCAAAGAAGCAUUUAACAUGAUAGACCAAAACAGAGAUGGAUUCAUUGACAAAGAAGAUUUGGCAGAUAUGUUGGCAUCAUUAGGAAAAAACCCAACAGACCAGUACUUAGAAGAAAUGAUGAAUUGUGCACCAGGACCUAUUAACUUCACUAUGUUUCUUACUAUGUUUGGGGAAAAAUUGAACGGCACAGAUCCUGAGGAUGUAAUCAAGAAUGCAUUUGCUUGCUUUGAUGAAGAUGCGUCAGGCUAUAUUAAUGAAGACAGACUUCGUGAAUUACUAAUGACAAUGGGUGAUCGGUUCACUGAAGAUGAGGUUGAUGAAAUGUUCCGAGAGGCACCUCUGAAGAACGGGAUGUUUGAUUAUAGAGAAUUUACAAGAAUCCUCAAACACGGAAAGAAAGACGAACAGUAAAAUUAGAAACAAACUGCGCAACAUUCCAUUCUCCACAUCUCAAGAAGACGGGACCAAUCCAAUGGAGACUUGGUGGAGAUUGUUAUCGCUCCUUUACCGGGGACCAACCUUUAUACACAAUUAUAUCAUUAUAUUUAUAUAUUAAACUUUUCUUUAACAUA